AAAACGCAAGCAAUUUCACACGUCAGUUUAUUUUCACGACGUUCGAUUGACGUCCCCCGAAAAAUUUUCCGAGAUUAAUCGGAUCUCGCAAACAAAAAUGUUUACAUUCGUGUCCAAGGAGUCCGAGAAAAUCGUCUUCUGCUCAUGAUAGAAUUGAAAUUUUCGCGUGACACAAUGCUUUUUGCUCAGCUCCAUAAAAUUUGCAAUUUCUUCAGUGCGCGCGGCGCCACUUCCGGAACGUCUUGCUCUGAUUCUAGCUCUGGGCCGUCGCCCAGAAUGCCAACGUCAUGUUGCUUUUUCAUUUUCUUCUCGGGUGCGCUCUGCUCGGUAGUCGUGUUUUUCCUCCUGAACCAUCUGAACUUCCUCAAACACUCGCAGAUAAGUCACUACCCUGACGCACGCUAUUUGCAAGUUCGCGAUGAUUUCUCGCUUUUCGAUCCCGCGGAGUUCGACUUGCACGGCGGAGUGCCCCCGGGAAAACAGACUCUGCCCGCCCGGAGGCAUAAAAUUAAAUCGGGGGACGUUAAAGAGGCUCUGGGGACGCUUAAAAUGGCGUUGGAGCUGCGGAUGGCCGGGAAAGAUGACAAAGCUUUGCGGUUGUUCCAGCAUGCGCUCGCUCUAGCCCCCAAGCACCCGGAGGUGCUUGUGAAAUUCGGCGAGUAUCUGGAGCACAACAAGAAGGAUAUCGUUAUGGCGGAUCAGAUGUAUUUUCAGGCAUUGGCCGUGAAUCCUACUCACUCAGAUGCCCUCAUGAACCGCCAGAGGACGGCGCACAUUGUUGAAACCAUUGACGCCAAUCGGCUCGCGUUGCUGGAAACGAAGCGUAACGCGCUGUCGGGGAUAAAUGAGUCCAACAGUGCCUUGAGACGUGCCAAGAAGGAAGCCUACUUCCAGCACAUCUACCACUCUGUCGGGAUAGAGGGCAACACCAUGACACUGGCCCAGACGCGCUCCAUCAUCGAGACGCGGAUGGCCAUCGACGGAAAAUCCAUAGACGAACACAACGAGAUCUUGGGGCUGGACGCUGCUAUGAAGUUCAUCAACGACACGCUUGUCAACAAGAAUGACUACAUAACGCUGAAGGACAUCUUGGAAAUCCAUCGCCGCGUGUUGGGCAACGUAGACCCAAUCGAAGGCGGCGAGUUCAGGCGGACGCAGGUUUAUGUGGGCGGUCACGUUCCCCCCGGACCAGGAGAUCUCGGUAUAUUGCUCAGGCAUUUCGAAAACUGGCUCAACUCCGAGCGUGCAUUGUCCAUGCACCCCGUCAAGUACGCUGCGGUCGCGCACUACAAACUUGUCCACAUUCACCCUUUCACCGACGGGAACGGGAGGACCUCUCGGCUUUUGAUGAACACAAUUUUGAUGCGAGCCGGAUAUCCACCUGUAAUAAUACCAAAGCAACAACGCCAUAAGUAUUACGACUUCCUACAACUUGCCAAUGAAGGUGACAUUCGCCCGUUCGUGCGCUUCAUCGCAGACUGCACGGAGAAAACCUUGGACUUGUACCUGUGGGCGACUAGCGAACUCACCCACCAGAUUCCGAUGUUGGCUCCCACCGAGUUUGAAAACUCCUCGUCCGUGGAGGAAUCCGCCGAAGAGGAACAAAUCGCAGCAGAGCCACAGCUAAUUCCCAAAGAGGAGGGAGAGGAGAGAAGAACAGAGACGAAAACGACAUCCGAACCAGCUGGAAGCUCGAGCGGGUUUCAGCUGGGGUAACCAUCCUGACCGUAGCGGAUACUUCUGUAAAAUGUGUGGCUUUAUUUUGAGUCUUCUCUGAAAUGUGUGAAAUUCUAGUGAAGUUUUUUGGGCUACCAAUGUGACGGAGGACUUUAUGCGGAGUUGCACGCGCACAACCAAUUCAUCUGUGAUCUUGUCUACCUGUGAGAUAAACAUUUGAGUAAAUUAUGUGAAAUUUAUGGUUUAAUGGUAGUGAAAUCAUUGUACAUAAUCCUUUUGACUAAAUAUAGUAUUUAUUUUCGUUGACA